UUUUACUUCACCACACACCUCUAUCGGCUUCUUCACUUUUACCCACCGAGAGCUUCUUCACUUUUACCCACCGAGAGAGAGAGUUCAAAAGAUUGAAGCACCCUCGGACUCAUCCAUGGCAUCUUCUUCACAGGCGAAUGUCCCAUAUCUUCGUCGCGACACUAUAAACCAGACGGAGGUUGCUAUCAGCACCUACUAUAGGGAUUCACAUUUUCCGGAGCUGGUUGAAACUUUAAAUGUGGUCGGCGAACAGUGCAAUUCAGAUUUAUUGGGAAGAUUUAGAGCAUCAUGUUUUGGGCAUUUCACUGAUUGGAGGCCCGGCCCGAAGAGCAAUAAAGCAUUACACCAGAUUGUAUCGAGGCAGAUUGUGUCAGAAGACGAUGAGAUGUGCUUCUUUCUGUGCGGAGCACGAGUCAGAUUUUCCCCUGCGGACAACGCAUUAGUGACUGGGCUCAAUUUCGGGGGAUCGAGGUUCGAUGCGACAUUACAGCACGACUGCAGUCGCGUGGAGGCAUACCGACGAUUCUGCGGUACGCGAAGCAUGACCAUACAGUCGCUCAUCAAACGCGUGUGCGAUUUGGAUCGUCGAGUGGAUGAUGAGGAUGGGAGCCUGUACCUUCGUGCUGUCCUCGUGUGUGUGGCUCACACCCUUGUUCUUGGGUUGGAUACGCGGGUACAGCCGUGGCUUUGGGUUUUGGUGGAUGAUCUGGCUACAUUUGAUAGAUUCCCCUGGGGCGCGUAUUCGUAUAAGAUGUUAUGCCAUUAUACGCAUGAGAUAGGAACCAGCGAGAAGUAUCACUUCUACGGUCCUUCGUGGGCUUUAUAUGUCUGGGCAUUGGAGCGCGUCCUGGGCUUCGGACACAUGGUCGCAGCAUCUAGCGGUGAUCCGACAGCGCACCCUCAGUGUUUGAGAUGGACUUUCAGGGGUAAGCCCCGGCUUCACGGUCUGCGCGAUCUAUUCGAGGGACAGGGUGGUGUCCUGCCCCUGGAGCCCGAUGGUGACGAUCUGUCGAGUCACUACUUCAUAUCAGCGCUGACACCGGGCGAACUCUCGGUGAGCUUCAGGCCCCCCGACAACCCAUUAGCUCGGGGUGUCCAAUUUCCACAGCAGACAGGAGCCCGUGUUGUGGAGGAGCUCGGGGACGAGGAGGAUGUACCUAGACAACCUCGUAUGACUCGCAGUCACAGUGUUCGGGGCCCUGUGAGGGAUGCUCGACCCUACGAGCCGGCUCGUCAUUCAGUAGAUCCGGGCAAGCGCCCAGCGCCGCUUACUUCUUCAUCGUCGAGCGGAUCUCGGACUGUAUCCAGUCCCAGCGAGGGUGAGGUGGACCGUAAGUGGGUGAAGAAGACGAUCCGUCAGGAGAUUAAGAAGGCCUUCGGCAAAUUCGUGGAUAAACUGAAGGGCAAGGGUAAAAAGGAUAGGUGCAAGAAGAGCAAACAUUUCCGAGUGCCCGACUCCCCUGAUGAUGAUGACUAG